AGAGAGACACGCACUUACACCUUAAUUGCCAUAUUACGUCCAUAUGAUUGGGGACCUUGAAUCGAUAAGGGUUGGUUAAGGGAGUCUGACGUAUAUAAUUAACGUCCGAGGAAUGCUGCUCUGAAUUAUGAUCAUCAUGGCUCCGGAAUUGCUUAGUGCCAAGAAACGACCUCUUCGCAGCUACAUCUGGGAUACCUGGGACAAGUCGCCAGAAGAACGAAAGUUUCUUGGGAAACUUGACGCUUGCUUGCUAACCUACGCAGCAUUGUCGUAUUUCAGCAAGUAUCUAGAUCAACAAAAUGUCACGAAUGCCUACGUCUCCGGAAUGAAAGAAGAUUUGAAUCUGUACGGGAAUGAAUACAACUAUAUAACGACAGCUUGGACUUGCGGAUAUGUCAUUGGACAGAUUCCUUCCAAUCUCCUAAUAACUAGGAUCAGGCCUUCGAUAUGGAUUCCCACCAUGGAGAUUAUCUGGAGUGUCCUCACUAUGCUUCUGUCAACAUCCAAGAAUUUUUCCCAAAUAUGUGCUUUACGGUUUUUCGUCGGUUUGGCCGAGUCGACCUUCUAUCCUGCCAUACAGUACGUCAUUGGGAGCUGGUACAGACCCGAGGAAUUGGCCAAACGUGCUUGCAUCUUCCACACCGCCAGUGCGAUUGGACCCAUGUUUAGUGGCUUCUUACAGACGGCGGCCUACAACGGCUUGAACGGAGUUCAUGGUCUUGAGGGCUGGAAAUGGCUUUUUAUCAUUGAUGGCAUCAUCACGAUUCCCAUCGCAUUGCUUGGAUACUUGAUAAUGCCCGAUCUUCCGCACAAUACGAAGCCAUCCAUAUUUUACACCGAACACCAACUACUUUUAGCUCGAAAGCGCAUGGACGAAAUUGGAAGGAAGCCUCCCACUAAGUUUACUAAGGCGAAAGUCCUAGGCUUUUUUAAGACCUGGCACCUGUACACACUCGUGCCUCUCUACGUCCUUUUCAACAAUGGCAACGGCCCUACAAAUUCUAUGAUCUUCUGGUUCAAAAGCUUCAACACCAAAACUCAUACGAAAUAUACCGUCGGUCAAAUAAACUGUUAUCCUCUUGGCAUCAAUGUAGUGCAAGUCAUCACGACUUUGGUUUAUGCAUGGUGGUCUGACGCUAUUGAGAAGCGAUGGCCUCCGAUGCUUUUUGCUGGGACAUGGAACAUUAUAGUCUGUAUCGUGCUCGCAGCGACACCUCUCUACACUCAUGUCGCCAGGCGUUGGGCAUUCUAUUACAUGACUUCUGUCUGCGGUGGAUUGUCUGGUCUCAUACUUGCCUGGGCCAACGAGCUUACCAGUAAUGAUAAUGAAAAGAGAUCAUUCGUUGUCGCGUGCUGUAACACCUUUGCAUAUACAGUUCAGGCUUGGCUCCCGAUAUUGAUAUUCCCGCAAGUAGAGCAACCUCGCGUCUUUAAGGGCAAUGUAGCAACCGCUUGCAUUAAUUUCGGCAUGAUUUGCGCGGCAUUGGCGACGCUGUACUUCCAGAACCGCGACGCUAAACGAGCUCGUAAGGAGCUGAAGGAUGGUAGCGUCAGCGACGUUGGACGUUCGAAUUCAGUGACUUCAAAAGUGGAGAAGGAGACCGACGAAGAAUGAAAGGAUUGCCGUUCAUGGUUAUGCAAGUGUAGACCGUUCGUAUUGGGCUUAAAUUUUAAUUCCAAUGUUUCGAGAGGAUGCGAAUAUAGCAAUGGAUAUUUCAACGA